UGGAUAUCGCCAAGGCCGGACGCAAAGCGCAGCUCGAUCGUUUCGAACAUAAAGGCGAUUGUAAACAAUAAUAGUCGGCAUGUACGAGCAAAACAGCACAGAGUCCAAUCCUUUUACCAAUGCAGCUGAGGCGGCCUUGUGGACGUUGCAAGGACGUCAAGGGUCAGGGCCUGCCAAUUCGAGCGCCCGACUGGCCAAUGCCUCGCCCGCAGCGAUUCCCCAAAAUAUUUUCACCAAUCCCGCCAUACAACCAUCCAGUGUCAUAAACUUGUCCAACUCAACGGAUGUGGUAAUCGGACCAAUGACACAAUAUCAAGGCCCAGUAACAAUCUAUCAGUAUAUGGAUGCCACUGUCGAGGCACGUUCCGUCCAGGCCGGUGCUGGCAUCACAAGCAGUCGCAGCUCAAACACCACGAAUGUGAAGCAACGAUUGACGCGAAAUUCCCUGCUACUCAUCACACUCAUCGUCCUAGUGGUAGUGACGGCCUCAGUCAUACUCUAUGUGGAGCUGAGUCGGCACCGGGGGGCGCGGGCUGAAGGUGAUAGGCCCAUCUAUUUUGGCAACAACUACGAUCACGAUACAUUUCCAAAUCUAGGAAACGGUCAUCUGAUCAUAGAUCGGGAUCAGUGGGGCGCCUCGGAGCGCGCACGUCCCCUCACAGUGCCACUCCGAAAGCCCAUUCCCUAUGUCCUCAUCACGCACAUCGGCGUACAGUCGAUUCCCUGCGUCAAUGUCUACAAAUGUUCCAUCAAAAUGCGCACCAUACAAGACUCGGCCAUUGCGGAGAAGAACUUGCCCGACAUACAGUCGAAUUUUUACGUUUCCGAUGAGGGCAAUGUUUAUGUGGGUCGCGGCUGGGACUGGGCCAACACGUAUGCCAACGACACACUCGCCAUUACCUUCAUGGGCGAUUACGGGCGCUACGAGCCAAGUAAGAAACAGCUGGAAGGUGUACAGUUCUUGCUGGCUCACGCCGUGGCCAACAAGCAGCUCGAUGUGGGCUAUAAGCUGGUAGCGCACAAUCAGACAAGACCCUCCAAGAGUCCCGGCGCCAAUGUCUACCGUGAGAUUAGCAAAUGGCCGCACUUCUAUCUCUGUGGAACGGAAAAUACGCCAAAGUGUGGCAUUGAACUGGGAAUGAGUCCCUCCUCCUGGGACUCAAAAAUGUAAUCGUCACUAAGUCUACUCUUAUACAAUUGUGCAUAUUCUCUAAGAUUGUGUUUGUAUUUUUGUUAUGGCGCACAACUGUUUCAGAAUAGCAUUCGUUUUAUCGAAGAAGACUUAUCAUUAAAUUAAUUUUAAGAAUAAA